CAAGACCGAUGGGCACCACUGCUUUGUUCCAGGGACCCCCAGGGACUCGGAGGAGGAGGAAUGGGUGGACGUGGCCACAGAGGAGGCUGCUCUCGAAAACAUCCGAGAGCAACUCCAGGACCGAGAAAAGGAGCUCAUUGAGGAGCUGCCUGAUAACUCUCCACCCGGCGCCAUCCUCGCUAACUCCCUGAUUGCUGUGGGCAACCUCAGCGCCAUGAUACCUGCCCUGGAGCCAGAAUUGGAGACCCACCUCCUUCGAACUGCCCUACACACCAUCUUCACCCUGGGCACGGAGAAGGACACCACCCAAGUCCAGGAUCUGCACAAGAUAUUGCCAGAGCUCCUGGAUGCCAUGCUGGGGAACUUGCUGGCAGAGUCCCCAGACACAGCCAGGCUCCACUACAUCUUGGAGAACUCAGCAGAAUUCCCCAGGAUGGGUCACCAUGUGGCACAGCUGGCUGUGUUCAUCAGUGACCCAGCCAACGACAUCAACCAGCAGGCCAGGGAGGGGGUUUACCGGCUCUACCAGCUGCUGCUGCAGAGGGAGGAGCCCAGCUGGGAAAUGGCACCUGAUAGAAGAGUGAGACUGGGACCCCAGCCAAUUUCUCUCACUGACCCCGGCUGGAGGAUGAGUCUCUUUCUCUGUUCUUGUCCACCUCCUGCAAUUCUGUUGGGCCAGGCACGCAGCGAGGACUCUGCCCACUGUGCAGCCACCAAUGGGAUUGGAAGGACACAAGCACUGCAACCAGAAUAA